UUCUGAGAUCGUUUACAAGGCUGUAAAGCGUCUCCUUCUCGGGUGUGAUAAAGUUUGGGACCCCGCUGCAGGCAGCUCUGCAGACUUUCUGUCACGGGGGUGAGGGAAGGAGGGAGGGGGGUGAAUCUGCAGGACUCCGCUCACCACGCCUCAGUACGGUAAGUUCGUCAGCCAUAUUGACUGUCUGUACCUCUCCUCCGGUUGUGGGAGCUUCCACCACCAGCAGCAGCAGCAGCACCGUGUCACUGUGCUCUCUGGGUACGCACCGUGUCCGGUAAACUGCGCAGAGGACGGGAAGGUGAAACGCGCUAUUUUUACUCGCUGUGGAUAUAUAAAGUACCAGCUGGAGGGAGGGUGACAGUUGGACACAUCCUCCUCAGCGCAGCCGGGCGUUAGAGGUGAGUUUGAUCGGCUUCAUCUCAGCCUGCCUUCUUUCCUCUAAGCCGUUCAAAUGAGGGGGGAUUUAUUUUCUUCUCCGGGCUGGAAAGCGCAUAGCGGUGUUUGAACGCGGGCCCGUUAACGAGUGCGUAGCUACAACUUAUUUUCCCAGCACGGCACACACACACACCUAUCUGACAGGAAAGGGGUUGAGGCAGCGUGGGGCGACGUGGGGCUCACUUUGCGCCUCCCUUCAGUUUCUUACCGGCUUCUUGCACGUUUCAGGACGCAAGGACGGGUGAGUUAACGGGUGUCACUUUGCGCCGAGGUGCUGUGUGUCACUUCAAAUAUUAUGCAACAGCGCAGGGCUCACAUUAGCAGUUGGGGUAAUUAGAUGCGUGUCCCUUUUGGAAAAGUGCAGUCAGUGCACUAGGAUCGUGCAACAAAUAUCCACAUUUUAAUGCACACGGGUAGUUAGUGCACCACCGCGGAGGAGACGAGCACGUUUUCGCACCGUCUGUUGUUGAAAUUUCGCGGCUACAUGAGGUCCCCGGUGUUGUUUGUGAUGUUAGAAAUGCCCUGCUGCACUUUUUUAACGCUCAAAACGGAAACAAUGUUUUUGCACCGUUCGCAACUUUGUGUCGAGUUGCUGCUGCUGCUGACGGCGCAGUUUUUCCUUUUGUUACAGUGUAGCAAACAGCAGCUGCUUAAACACAAUUAGUGUGUUGACACUGAUGCUGUUUUUGUGCCUUGCUGUUUGUGUUUAUGCGCUCACUUCUCGCUUUGACACGUGCGGUUGGUUCGAAUUCCGUUAUUUUGCGCCCUUUUCCGCUAUCACGAUAACAAAUAGGCCUACAGUUAUGCACGUGUUAAAGGGAGAAAGAUGCAGAUAUUGUUUUGUGUGUAGUUGGUGCUUAGUUCUCCAUUCAACUUGGACUGCAUUUUAGUGGUUGUACCCUCUGCCCUGGAAACCACGCUGAGUUUCCAGUAUGUAACCCGGGCUAGUUGAGCAUUUCUGCGUAAAUAACCGUCCUGAAUACCGCCCCGCUCACUAUACUAGCGGUCCAUCUGGCACAAACAGAUGCUAAGUCCGCGUUGAGAAACUUACAAGUCUCUGAUUGGCCUCAUUACAGCUGGCGGGGUGAAUCUAUUGGUUGUUACUCCGCGUCAAUCAAAUCCUCCUGUUGCUCGUCUUGGUCCCGCCCCCUCCCGGGGACUGAAUUACAGCUCAUUUGAGAAAGAGGCUCUAUGUGCAUCAUGACAUGAGAUACCUUUGACGGCGGGUUUUAGAUUUCUCUUGUAACCGGUUGAAUCAUCUCAUGGCUCCACAUCAGGACAGGAGAAUGUGGUUUUAUUCUGGCUUAUCGUCCCCAUGAUGAAACAUGAGUGUGGUGUUUUGUGUAGAGUUUGUUUAAGACCAAACUAACAACUAGAAAACUGUGAACUUUUUAAAAAAUGAAGACCAUUUUGAGAUUGAAGAUGAGCUUUAAUCAUGAAAAGUCUCACAGAAAAGGGUAUUGUUAUCAUUUUGUAAACCUUAAAGUAAGGCCUGACCGACAUGGAUUUUUUUGGGGCCGAUGCCAAUUAUUAGGGGGUAAAAAAAUCAGAUUUCCGAUAAAUCAACUGAUUUUUAAUUUUUUUAUGAAGUUAUAAUAUAUAUUUGUACUGUAGGCUACUGCUCUUCACGCCGACAGGAAGACCGACUGAUCAAACUCGGACCAGAAAAACGUUGUCAACGCCGAUUGGUGCCUCCGCGUCUUAACUCACGUUACACAUUUCCGGUCGAGUCUUAUUUGGAGACAUGCAGCUGCCUCAGUAAGAGAAGUAGCGUGAUCACGUAAUGUGUACUGUUGUUAAUUUUACCGUUACUAGCACGGCUAACAGUGUAGCAAGGCUAAUAGCAGGUGGCUAACUCUAGCUUUAGCUUGCAUAUUACAUGGUGCUUCACCGUUAACUUGGCGUGACCGAGACCAGCACAGCGGGGAACAUCGUGAAGUGGGUUGAACUGAAACUUGUGGACUUAUUGUCUACUUCACAAACUAGUUGAUUUACCAUUGAGGCGGACCACUCUCCUCCUUGCAUCCCUGAGCGUCCCUGAGAUGGUCAUGGGGUUGCUGUGCCAGCUACAGGAUAAGUUGGGGAGCUUUUGAAAUGAGGGAACAUUUUCGAAGUGAAACCAAAUCUUAUUCUUCGCAUUUUAUUUCUGAAAUUAUCAGCGAAAAUCUGCGAGUUUUGGCCGAUUACCUAUUAGUCUCAAAAUUGGCCGAUUUAAUCAGCUCACCGAUAAAUCGGUCGGGCCCUACUUAAAAAUCCAAUAUUUGCAUUGUGUAUUAUGCAACAAUACUUCGCAAAGUAAUCUUGUUCAUGUAGGACUGCUACUGUGUGGACCUCAUUAAGACAACCUCUAACUGAAAAUACCUACAGCAGUGUGAGUAUCCUAAAGUGAGACAUAAAUAUGCUGAAUUUAAAUGCACGCUGAGAUAAAUUUAGACAGCACACAAACACAUUUUUUGAGAACGUGAGUCCUCGAGGUGGAGAAGUUGGCUCAAUCGAGAGUGUUUCUUCACACACCAGCUGUUUCUGCGAGACUGUCUGAAACUGAUCCCAAACAGCACACUGGCUCUUGUAAUGCAUGGUCAGCUUCUUGCUGAAUCGUUGUAGAUUUGGCACGUACAGCGUGUUCGAGGAAAUGUAUGGACUUUUCUCUCUAUUGUAUUACUUUUUAAUGGCCUGUGGACACUUUUGAAAUUUGGUUCUUGGUUCUGGAAAUCUGUUCAGUCAGCAGUAGUUGUACGGCCAGGUCAGCCCCCCAAAUAGAAAAAAUGAGACAACAGUGAGUGCUCUAGAAAUAACCGUUGUGAUCAUUUGCUGUGUUGUUGAAGUGCAUGCAUGCAUCAGUAACAAGUACAGUGGGUCAGAGUUGAAUCAUGAAGUUGUUUUUCACAGCAAAGGACAUCCAGCUGUACAACGCAGACAUAACUUUAACACUCAAUUAAGUCAUUACUUCCAAAUCAUUGCUUUAGGUAAUUGAGUGAAUGUGCUAUCAAGCUGCUCGCCCAUGCACUUAUUGUAGUUUAGUAUUGUAUUUGACGGCUGCAGUUGGGUACUGCAGUGGUUCUCAACUGGUGUCACUCUGGGACCCACAUUUACCCAUGGUCCUUAAGUCACAACCCACUUUUAUAGAACUCAAACCAAGCAAAUUUAUGUUUUAUAUAAAAAAAACUUUAAAGACUAUAAUCUUUAACAUAAAUCUACUUCUUUAACUGAGUAAAGUGCAUUUCAGAGCACAUGAAGGGGACAACAUGAGGACGACAACUACUGAAGUUGCAUACACAGAAAAUAUCAAAUAUCUGAUAAAUAUCGCAUUAAAUAUUUACUUUUUUGACCAGCUGUUUGAGACCCAUCCAGAACAUGUCCGCGACCCACUUUUGGGUUGGGACCCACCAUUUUUGAACCACUGGGGUGCAUGUGUCCCAUGCACAGAGAGUGCAGGGCUCUUUACAUUUGUUUACAGGUUCGCUUCCUAAACCUGAUGCUACAGGUGCAUGUUAUUCUCAGGUGCACACUCCCCACAUUUCCUGUCUCUUUAAAUUACAGCCAACACAACAGAUAUGUGAAGUUACCUGGAAAUUCAUCAUUGCAACAAAGAUAUAUUGGAGAAAAAUGAAGUAGUAGGGAAGUAGCUGAUGCCAGUUAAUUAGGUGUUGAAAAAUGUUAACCACAGACAACAACCCACAGCUAAAGCAGCUAAUGAGAAUCUCAGUGAAUUUACAGCACUUGAUGACGCAUCUUUUUCCAAGAAGAUUUUUCCAGCUAAUUGUGAGAUGGGACCAAUAUCCUGAGUUGCUGCAGUGUAGCAGACACACCCCUAACUGCCCUGUAUGAUGGGAUCUUCACACACAUUCACAGUCAGACCCACAACAUUUUCAAUGUUGUAAGUUUUACCAGCUACAUAUGGACUUCUUUUGUUAGUCCGGUCAGUAUAGUCAGUUUGAUGACCGAGUGGCUGGAUGAACAUUUUAUUUCAGGAGUGCAUCCUGUGAGAAUUUACUCUGCAGAUUUGUGUGAAACAAAAUGAAUCUCAAGGCAAAACCCUGAAAGCUGCAGUGCAGGUGUUUUCACUCAGUUUGUAUCUGUUGGUGUCUGGUUUAGUUUCACAUCAGCCAGGUUCACAGUCAGUCAGACAGACACUAUCUAGUUUCUGUCUCUGUCACCCUGGGAAACUCGUCCUCUGCUGUUUGAUUUCUAUCUCGGUGUCAUUUCUGCCCUUCACUUCUGAAAACGUGCCAUUAAACUGAACUUCAGAUCUCUGGUUUGAAAUAUUCUGACAGGAAGGACUUAGACUCAGAUACAAAUGUGCUUGUAUUACCGUUUGAGAUGUAAAUUUUACCCCUGACUUAGCUCUCCAUAGAUCAGAGUGGUGGUCUCAGGUGUUACCUUCUUGCAGGAAACUUUCAGUCCAGCCUCAUCAGCUCUGUGUCCUUGAGCUGAACUCACUCAGUGUUUGUACGUCAGCGUGGAUGAGUGUGAGCAAGAGAAGACAUCAGGGUUGAUGUCAUUCUCCUCACGUUACUGUUCAUUUUAACAGCUGCUGAAACCUGCUGUCUUUAUUUUUUUUAUUUUAUAUAUCUCAGUCACUGCAUCAGCCUGAAUGCUAAGAGUCACAGAUUGUAAGGCGAGGCAGGUUUACUCAUACGGCUCAUUUUGGCAACAAGGCAAUUCGAAGACGUAAAAAGAGUAAUAUUUAAAAAUCAUGACAGUGUGACAUUUAAAAUCAUUAAAACAAGCUUCAGAAAUCAAUGAAAGAAAAAAUAUGUUAAACCUCUGAAGCAAGUAUUGAGGUUGAACUGCAAGUUUGCUGGUUGUGUUUCCGCUUUGUGGUACUUUAGCUGUUCAAUCAUGGUCGACCGCUGACUCCAGAGACUUUUCAUAUUCUGUGCAGUGGUUAUUUCUCAGGUGGUGAAACAAGUUUUGAUCUGCUGUGUGACAUAGUCCACAGAUUGUCUUCUUUGGAGCAACAUCAGCCUUUUUAAAGCCAGACUUGAUAAUUGUGUUUCACAGAAUAACAAUUACGGAUUUCAUUUUUGCUGUUUAAUGUUAUGAGAAUUUAAAACUGGUGGAAAAAAAUCCCUGUUAUCAAUCAUAAAACAGCUGCCUAUUGAUGAAAGCAUUAAUCAACUGCUUCAGAUGUUGUGUUUUGGUGUUUUUAGGCUCGUAGGUCACACCCUGAAGGAACCAAUUGUACUCAGACUGAAGCAAAAUCAUUUGGCUCCUCUAUCGUACAAGUACAGCCUUGUUGUAAGAAAAGCAGUUGGUGCAGUUUCCCGCUGUUAGAACAGCUGAUGGAGGUUGGGGGUGUGUCAGUGUGUGUGUGCGUGUGUGUGUGUGUUGUUUCUGGCUCUUAAUAUCUCUGAAAAUGAACAAAACGCACAAAUAUUCCCUUAAAGACAUUAACGUGUUUCAUCAAUGAUGGCUUGAUUUUGUGCAUUAUUGUUUUACAUAAAUACUUAUGUAGAUUGCAAAAGGACUGAAACGAGCCACAAUCGGAGACAGCUGAAGAGCUAAACCUCAACCUGUUGGUCAUAACAACAUUUAUAGUAACCACGAAACUUUCCCUCAUCAGUCAGAGUUGAUUCAGCCUGUAUUUAAUUGAAUCAACAAGGCGAUAAAACCAAUAAAGGUUCCAAGUAGAGCAGAGAAAUAGGUGUGACGCAGGUGUCCCAGAAAACAGUCCACAGUGUGUCAGAGCAGAACCAGAGUACUGAUGAGGACAGUUAAGAGCAUCCUAUCAACUUUGAAUCCAGUUUGAUGAAUGCUGUAACUUACAUCAUUUUUAUUAUCACUGAAUCUUUAAAUUAUAGAACCUAUCAGUAAAGCUCUAUACUCCUUGAAACCUCAGGAGCCGUGUUAUUGUAGAGAAAGUAAAUACAGUGGAUAAGGAUCAGAAAUCCAUCCCGCAGAGUUUCUGCUCACUCUAUAAAAUUGAGAGUAAAAGGCCACAGAGAGUCGAUAUUGAUCUGAACCAAACAAGGCCGAGAUGAAAGAGUCCAAUGUGCACAGAGAGAGUGUUUUCUCUGCAUGAAUGGUGACGUGGAAGCUGUAUCUGCUUUAGGGAGACCCUCUGAAUGAAGAGACACACACACAGACCCUGAGGGCUCAUGCUCCAGGUUUAUGAGGUAUGGGGGGGCUGCUAAACAGAGCAGAUCUGUGUUGUUUUUGGAAAGCUCCGGAUGCUUUCAGCUACAGCACACUUUAAAGGUCACCCUCAGGGAGGUGUGUGUGUGUAUGUGUGUGUGUGUUCUUGCAUGUGUGUGUGUGUGUGGGCCAGAAGGUCAUGUGUUUCCGAAAGGCCUGGAGCAUCUAUUAAAUUUUGUAGAUGGAAAUCACUUUCACCUUGCCGGAUGUGAAACUAAGCAGAUGUUAUCAACCAGUUGACUGUUAGACCUGAAGAACAACCACAAAGAGAAAGACGGGAGGAAGGAAGGUUAAGACUUGAAAAUAAAUCCUGUUUUCAUCAUUGUGGUGAUAUGAACUCCUGCAACAACAAUACCAAAAGAGAGACUGUCUGCCUUAAACACAAUUAAUACAAAAACCCGUUGAAUGCACCUUUGUUUUGUUGAACAUUUUAGCACACAAAUAUCUAAACUGUUAGAGUAUGCCGUGGAAACAUAAGCCAUGAAUUAACCUAUCGAAUUUUAAAGGGGCGCAUGGCCACCCAGGACCACCCCCUUCAUCUGCUCCUAGUUGGGGUCAGUAUUCCCAACAUUCCAACUCCCAUCUUUGGGCUUCAUCACCCUUCAAGAAACAUUAAAUUCAUGUUUUCAGAGGUGACUAUUUACUACCACUAACUUGACUGCUGUAUCUAAAGAGGGGUGUCAGAUAUUUGGGUCACACGAUAUUGGAUUUUUCCUGAUAUUCAUUGUGACAAUAGUUUCCAACCUAUUUUAGCCAAUACUGAUACUGAUACAGUACCAACACACACACCACUUUUUUCAUUGAAAAGAUUUCAAAGUUUUGCCUCCUGAGAACUGAGCGGUUACUCUUCUUCCCACGGUCUGUUUGUUUAAAACAAAACAUAAAACACUUAAUCAACAAGGCUUACUGACUUAAUACUCACUUUGUCUGAGGCAGCAUACUUGUGCAGAGUGACUCUGUGCAUGCUCCUUAAAGGGAUACUCUGGUGUAAAAUUAAUUUAGAGUCAAACACACCAUAUAUUUUGCUGGAAGAGAGUAAGCGGCUGCUGGAAGAGAGUAGGUGAGUUGUAUUUAGUCUCUUUGCUACAGAAAUUAGGCAAAGUUAAAAAGAUGUUUGGUGGCUAGUGCUGUCGCUGGGACCUUGUACUGUUGAUGAAGUUAGGUGCUGUUCUGAGCAUUAUUUAUGGCUAUCUGUGGUUUGUUUAUGGCUCCUCAGACCGCUGUGUAUUGUUAUCAUGCGGUCGUUACUAAAGUUGGCAUAACUAGAGAAGCAAGCGGUCAGCAACAUUCAUCUCUUGAGGGGGUGUCUAACUCAGUGUUACGAUGUGUUUGACCCUAAAUUAAUUUUAUGCCAGAAUAUCCCUUUAACCAUCACAACUUUAAAGCCGACAGCCACACACUGUGCUGCCAUUUUUGACAGUUAAAAAGUUAAGGAUCAACAGUGGAGGCUUGUAUUUUUUGUGUUUGCAUUUCUUAUUUGGUUCUUCUGCUUCAGGCCCUCGGGGUGAUGUGCACUUGUAGAAAAGUUAAAUCUAAAAUUUUCUUCAGAAUAUAUUCGAGUUAUCGUUAAACUUUCAGAAUAAAUCAGUAACACCCUGAAGACUCUGCUCUCUGAAAACCAGUCUCAUCAUUUCUCACUGCAGUAAUCUGAGGAAAGAAGUGAACCCGCUCUCAGGCUAGAGAGAGUGAUUUUAGUAUUCAGUGUCUUUACCUAUCUGCUGGCUGCAGGUAUAUGGGUCAAGACGAGCUUUGAAUUCUUAUGCACCUCUUUCUUUGCAUUCUUUUUUUCCCCACCCAUAAUGCACCACUCUGGCCCUGACUAUCUCAACUCCUCUUUCCAUUGAUAAAGCGCUAAUAUAAAGAUGCAAGAAAAGGAGAUACAGAGAUGGCAGCAAAGUGCUGAGGAAGAACCCGUGGAUGAACUCACUCAGGCUGUGUGUUGGGAAGUUUUAAUAAGUUGCCCCAUUUUUGAUUCAGAGCUUUGUACCAGGAGACUUGGACUGAUAAAGGUUCAGCACCGUGACUCACACAUUGUGGAUUAUAUUAGUUUCUGUACCAGCAGCUCAUUUAGUCUGUGUGUGGUGCUUUAUCUUUCCAGGCUGCAGCCAAACACUGGGGGGUCAGGGUUAGAGGUGGGGUUAAUUAAGAGCAGCUAUGCAUUGAUUUUAAAUGACACUGAUACAAUCAGACCUGUGCAAUCAACCACCGCUCCGGUCUAGGAGACUGUGGCUGUGUCUCAUUUCAGAGACCGCAUCGUGAUAAGCGCGCUUAACGGCGCUUAGCUGAGUGCACUGCCGUUGUGAGCCGUUUUACGCCGUUUUGCGCCGUUCUGUGCCCUUCCUGUGUCCCAUUUCAGAUACAGCAGCCAUCGAACGGCGCAUCUGACGCGUACGUGAGGUCACCACGCGGCACGAACGGUGUCCCGUUUGGCACAAAAUACUAAGCGCGCUUCAAAUUCGGUCUCAAAACCACACUACCCCCGCCUCGUUUUCAAGCGUGCAAGUAUGCACGCUUUCGUGCCGUCGGUAUCCCAGAAUUCUUUGCGUGCCGCUGCACAGCUGUGCAUUUCAGGUGAGAGGCUGGACUCGCUUGGAGACACAGCGCGUCUUCGAAGAAAAUACAAGCAAUCCAAAACCAUCAGACAGUCAGCUCAGGCUGUUUCACAAACAAGGAGAUUCUUCAUCCUCUGGCACAUCAGCAUAACAUUGUCAUAAGUAUAAAGACUUUAAGAAGAAUAUAUGAGAAAUACGUCUUUUCCACGGGGAAAAAAACUGGUGUACUUGAAGGAAAUCGCUGCUUUUGUGGAGGCAGAAAUGAAUAUGCUGAGGAUAUAUCUGUCAAUGCAGCCGUUAAUAUCCGUGAAUGACAUUGAGCUUUAAUUUAUGAUAUGAAUCCAUAUGCCAUAAUAAGGUGUUGGUGUCUCUGCAGGUGUAGGCUACGGCCGGUGUCAGAGACGUGGUGCUCGUCGGAGCUCGACUCCCUCUGGAUCACAAAUGUUGAUCAUCAUCAGUUUGAUUGUUUCUUCAGAAACCACAAAAUCUCUCUGAAUGACCCGCUGAUACAUCCACAGAUAACCCUGCAGAUGACCAGCUUCAGUCAUUUCCCCCUCCACAAAAGCAGCUUUAUGACUUUAUUUACUUUAUGACUUUAUUCUCCUAAAUUUACAACUUUAAUCUCUAAAUCUUAAAAGAAGAAACCCUCAAUGUUGUCCUGAUACUCUGCUGUAGUUUUGUCAGCUUUCUCAUUUCUAAUGUUUUUGAUAGUUGUAACACAGCGGAUCAGUUCGUCUCUAAAUCUAUAAUGUUUGGUUUACAGAUUUUAGUGAGUUCAGAGAUCAUGCUCUCAUACAGCCUGAGCUGACUGUCUGCUGUUUUUGGAUUGCUUGUAAUUUCUUUGAAGACGCGCUGCGUCUCCAAGCGAGUCCAGCCUCUCACCUGAAAUGCGCAGCUGUGCAGCGGCACGCAAAGGAUUCUGGGAUACCGACGGCACGAAAGCGUGGAUAAAUGCACGCUUGAAAACAUGCUAAGCGCGCUUAGCAUUUUUUAGCAUCUCGUGCCAAACGGGACACCGUUCGCACCGUCGUGACGUCAUGCACACUUCAAAUGCACCGUUCGACGGUGCAGAAGGGCACUUUGGUCGAUGCGGUCUCUGAAAUGAGACACAGCCUGUGUUUGCACAGGACUGUGCAGCCUCUCUUGGACAUGCACUUCUGGAAUUUUCUCUGAGUUUUCAAGUGUAUUGCUCCAUACAUUUAAGUUAAUUUUUGACAUAUUUCCCUAAAGUGUGAAGCCUUCCUCACUAGACAAAGGGGGUAAAAAGAGGGAUGAGUCAUAGGGGAGAGGACAUGGCAUCAAAAGCUUGCUGUAGAAGCCACAGUGACAUGUUAGCGGACAGUGCAACAGAGGCCAGAGAGAGCUUUUGCUGUCUUUAUCAAUAGUGCAUGUGAACAGACAGAUAUUUGCGGUUUUUUGUCUUCAAAUGUGUCUCCUUUAAUCUUAGAUGUCUUUGUUUAUCCUGUAAGGUGUUGCUCUUCCAGGUUUGUAUCAGGCUGCAUUGCCCUCUCAUUUUAGGAUAUUUUUCUCGGACAUUUCCUGCUGCAUUCUCACAUUGGCUUACUCAACUUCUUGCAAAAAUGUUACCAGGACACUGUCAUAAAAAAAAAACAAGAAAAAAAAAAACAUGGUGAAGUCAGAGGAAGAUUUCUCUUCUGUGUUCACACACACACACAGCUGACUUAGUAGCAGCAAGUCUGUAGUGUGGCCUCUAGAAUUUAACUGUGGGUCGAAAUAACAUACACGACAAAACCUAUGAUACACAAUGCAGACAAGGAGUAAUGGGGCAAGUAAUAAUCCUGACCAGGAUCUCUUCAGAUCCAAUUCUUGAAGAUGUAGAACUCAAAGCAAGUUCAACUUUGUUCAGAUCAGUUUACCAGUCUUAAAAUAAUCCAGAUCUAAAGCUUUAAUGUCUUCCCAAGUAGAAUAUGUUGAAGCAGGCAGUGUCUUGCAGUAACUUAAAAUCAGGCCCACUAUUCACCAAACAUGGCCAGACUAACCUCUAAUUUCUUAGGUAGUUGUAGGGUGUGUUUCUGCCCUCAGACUGAGCCUGUUUGAGCUUGUGAUCGAGCUGGUUUCAUUCUCUGUGCCGACACUUGAGAAAGUCUAUUUCUGUCCUCGCACAUCACAAUGAGCUGACACCAAUGGGACACCGACAGACUGCUCUCUCUCUCUCUUUCUAUCAGAUUCUGGUCAAUUAGCUUACAAGCUCUUAACCCGAACAAACCCGACACUAUUCAGAUAAUGAUCCAAAGGAGCAGGUCAAGGGUUUUUAAAGAAAUGACGUAAAGAUUCAAGAUUUCAGCCAAAGCAGAACAAACUCUUUUCUCGUAUUCUACAUUUCCAUCCUCUUUCUCACUUUCUAUGAUUUCUCUUUCUCUAUUUUUGGACUCUUCUUUCUUUCCUCUCAGAUACUCGUUCAGUUCUCUCUGUGACUGCCUGUUCCCUCCUCUGUCUUGUAUUUUGUUCGCUCUGUUUCACAAUUGUCUGCAAACAAAGCAUCUUCUGUUUUCUGCUGGUAAAAGUCCAGAUUCACAUCUGCCGUUCAGACGUCAGGUGGAGGUUUUUCAGCCUGUAGCUACAGUUUUUAGAGUUUAAGAGCAGCUGUUAACAUGACUGUUUCUGUGUGCUGAAACACAGUUUAGGAGGAAAUAGAUUCUACCAGAUUCGACUGACUUGACCUUUUAGCCGAGUCAUUUAAUUUUGUUUCUCGGAGAGAUGCAGGAUUUGAAUCUUUUUAGCCAUAAAACUUCACUGCUGUUGUUCUUUUCUCAACUAUAAACCUUUAUAAAAUAGUCAUACAACAAUUUUCCCCCAAGACUCCAGUCUUUCUUUUUUGCACUAUUUCUAAUAGGGCUGUCAUGAUGCGAUAUUGAUAUCAGAUAUGGGUUGGAUAUCAGACAAAAAACAAAUAUCGAAUAAUAUCAACCUGCAUCUAAAAUCUCCGAUAUCAGCACUCCGAUACAAGCAGUUCAUUCCAGACUCUCUAGCUAGCAGCACCCCGAUCCAGCAUGCAGAGCCCACGUGAUCACAACAACAGUGUGUAACAAGGUACAAAUAAAGUAGCAAGGAGUAGGAGUGAUGUUGGUUGAGUGCAAAAUUUGUCAUGCAUAAGUUUGUGUCAAUACCGGUAUAGGUCGAUACUGAAUGCUACAAUAUCUGUAUCCUUAUCGGAAGUGAAAAAGUUGUAUCGGGACACCCCUAAUUUUCAAACAACACAUAUUGUAAAAUUUGGUGUACAUGCUUUCAUGACCUUUUUUGUAAUUGAAAAAGUGAGCUUUUAUUUGCACUGGUACUAUCAUUAUACCAGAGAAAGGUAUCUUGUGGUGCUGUGUGGUACUUGACCCCGCAGAUGGCUCUCAGAGAAGCAAGCAGCUGGGCCAUCCAACUGUGACUGUGUCCCUUUUUGAGGCUUUUCUCCCUCAUUACAUCAAAAUCAUGCAUUGACAGAAACAGUCUCACACAGCUGUUGUACAGGGUGGUGGUGGCAUGGUAUCAGGGGGCUGCGCAUCUGCAUGAAAACUGUACAUUGCUGAACUGGGUAGAAAUUGCCCAAUUUGGUCUUCAUUUCCAUGCUUGCUUCAUCCUAUAUUCAUCUCAUUGAGACAUAUUUAGCAUUAUGAUCCGUAUAUGUGAGCAUCAGACAUGCAUUCAACUCACAAGAAAGACAAAAAAGAUGAAACCAGACUAGCUGUUGUUGUUUGUAGGCUGUAAACAAGUUUGUCUUACUGUCCUCGGUUAUCUGCACAUGUUUACAUCUUGGUAGUGAAGCAUUAAAGGACUUAAGCAGCAGACAUUAACCACGACCCUGGCUGAGCUACAGCAGAGACUCUGCAGCUUAAAAAAACUAGUAGGUUCAGUCAGAGUGCCAGUAUCAUCAGUGCUGCCUUCUCUGUUUUUUUGUGGAGAAAAUUGCCAAAACUUUCUUUCACCCAGAUUCCAGCUUUUCUCUUUUAAAACUUUUUUAAUAAGUUCAGAGUCUAAAAUAGGAAACAACAAAAGAUUUAAAAAAAGAAGUCCGAUCUUGUUCUAAUUUCUUUUCGUCUCAGAUUGUAUCUGCAUUAAUUAAACUUUUCCUUUCUGGCUGUUUUUUUUUUUUUUUUUACUUUUGAGUGUUUCUUGUUUCCGUCAAUUGUGUCAGGCAAAGUUAAAGCGAUUCAAAUGAAAGGAGAGCUGCCCAAAAAUAAACUCUUGUACAGUCUUAAUAGCACACUGUAUCUUAUACAGUAUUUGUGAUAUUCAUCUGUUAACAUUUGUCUCCUUUGUUCAUUAGGCGCUGGUGCCCCGGGGAAAGGCAGGAAGACGGAGGACGACUUCUUUCUGUUUUGUCAGCAAAGGGGGACGGGCGGAGAGAGGAGAAAGAUGCCCAAACCGGUAAGUUCUUUACAGGCAGAAGAUUUUAGAGCACAGUCUUAAUGGACCAUAAAUGUUCUGCCUCUGCUGCAGCAUAUUCCUGCAAGUGUCUGCCGCAUUUCUCUGGCUUGAGAUGCAAAUCCUGGGGUAGAUUUAAAUAAUUCAUUAAAACAUCUCAAACACUUUUCGACUAAUUAGCACAAGUUGUUGAUUAUCUUAACAUAUCCAGGAGCAUUUUAGUGCUUUGAUAAUACAUCACAAGCUGAUGCUGCAUAGCCAUUUAGUGGUGCAUUUACUGUAUACCUAAAUGAUACUUAUUGGAGCUUUUCCAGCUAAAAUUUCAUGUUGAUGCUGACGGCUGACUUGGAAAAAUGGGUGUUUUAACUCACAAAUCAGAGAGGAGUUUAACUGAAUCAUUUUCUGAUGGUGAGACCUUUAACUUUCUCUGUUUCUAAACAAGACAGUGGAAACAUAAUUAUUGCCUCCAUCAUCAACCUUGAUUUAGAAAGCAGCACUGUAAAAAUCUUGAUACAAGAAAGUAGAAAGAGGGAUGUCACAACAUGAAGAAAAUGAAGAGGUGGGAAUAAAAAACAGUUUCAGAUCAGAACUGGUUUGAGCCACUGGAAUAAUUUAUGAUUUUUCUGAACGGUCCCUUAAUCAAUGCCUCCAUUCAGUCACUGCGGAUGACGAUGAAUCUGUUGUGAUUUAUGUGCUGUAUCAGGGAUAUAGGGCUACUUCUUGUUGUAUUCAUGAUCAGCUGAUCUAUAAAGGCUGGAUCAUUAGACAAGCUUCCUCAUCUCAGCAGCACAAUGAAGCUAAUAAAACUUAUCACACUUAUAUUUCCCCUCAGAAAAUCCACAGGAAUUGAUCAGGGAAUCUUUAAAAUUUAGAUCCAUAAACAGGAUUGAUAACUGUAUCGGUGCCAAUAAAAUCUGAUCAGUUCCCACCUCUCUCAACACAUGUAAAAUCAGUGAAAAAGAUGUGCAUUUUAAAUCAGAUUCUGUAAUGACUUUCAGCUUGCACGCUCUUUGCACAAUCACAUCUUGUUCUUUCAAACCAACCUGCUCUCAAAAACAGUCUGAACUGUAAAAUCACCCUUUUUUGUAUCAUAUGCACUUAAAGUUUACUGUCACUCAGAUUUUUAUGAAUGCCCUACAAGACACGUAACUUUGCCAUGUGCAUGGAUUAUUAAUGUCAUAUGCCAAAUAGCCCAAAGCUCUCGGACAAGUAAAAUGCUGAGCUGCACUUAAAUAGUGACCUCUAUACUACUCUCAUUAAAUUUUACUCAGGAAGUGAAACUUUUGGCUCAAACAGGUUUAUUGUUAGUCCAGGAUGAGUUUACCGUGUUGAUAAGAAAAAGGAAAAAUAACAGUAACAGAGAAAGCCAUUGUUUAUUCCUAAAGUGCAGAAUGAAAUAGUUUUUGUUCCGUUCAUUACGACUAAAUCCGUUUUGAAAGUGAGCCCAGGGUCUGUCAUCGGCUCCCCCGCUCAGAUUUAAUGUUUUACAGGAGUGCAGAGUUUUUGGGAAAGCGAGCGCACACACGCUCACACAGAAAGACAACAGUCGGUCACUUUGUGGGUCUGUACCGUCUGUUGAAGAGAGCAAACACAAAGAGGGCUUUCUCCGCUCUAUUUUUGGACUGAAGGACAGUGGGAGCUUUCAUGUUGCUCUGACUCGAACACAUACAGACUCUGAGUUUGUGCUGCAGCUUAAAUAACAGGAUUAUAGGCUGAGGCUUAUGGAGUCAUCUAUUACAUUACCUUUACUAUAUUUUGACCUUAAGGAGCUGGAACAUAUGGGGAGCUCCAGGACGUGCUGGUUAGAGAGUGCGCUGAAAUGGAAGCAACAUUCAUUGGAUCCAAAAGGCAUUUUGUCAUAUUUAGAUUAUCAACAUUUAAGCUUCAGCUGACUGCAUCAAAAGCAUCAGAGGAAGCUAAUAACAUCAAGGUCUCUAUGUACAUGCAGAGUAAAAAAUACAUUAAAUAGUUUUCAAAUUCAUUGUAAUGUAAUUUGCAAUUGCUGACAUUAUCAAAUUGAUAAAUUCAUAAUCUGUGCAGCCAUUGUUUUUAACAUGACCUCUUUGUGUUUACCUGCAUCUAUCUGUCAGCCAUGAGCUUUGAUGUGUUUAAGGUGUAGCUGAUAAUCCCUCCUCUUUAAAUAUCUCACAAACUGCAUGUUGCUGAUCUUUCUCAGAGACAGUGAAGUCCUGUUGUCUAAUCACACAAGGAUUUCUUUGAAUCAGCAGCAGAUAUCAUUAAUGGAAACUUUGGUGCGUGCUGUCCUAGUGAUGACUCUGAUAUGGUCCUAAAAAUUGGAAACAAAUCAUGUAAAAUUUUUAUUUUAUGUCAUUAUUUGUGUAAUAAUGAGACCAAUCAGCUGUGGUUGGCCUCUGAUAAAUAUUCAUUAAUCAGAGGUUUUCAUUUGGUUUAUUCAAAUAUUAGUUAUCUACCCGAAGAUUAGAUGCUCUUAAGGUGACAAAAUGUGGUCACAUGGUAAAACACAGAGUUCAGAAAAAUUAGGAUAAUAAAAAUAAAUGAAAUAUGGGAUGAAUAAAAAUGAAUAUCAUUGGGCCCAAGACCAUGUAGAGCGACUAAUUAGCCUCAUGAACAUGUUUUUGGACUGUAGGAGGAAGUCAGAGUUCUCAGAGUGAACCCACGCAUGUCUGGGGAGAGGAUGCAAACUCCACACAGAAAGGCCCCAGCUGGGGUUCAGAGUUAAAACAACUACUUUAAGUAAUUCAGAGAUGCAAUCUGUAGUAUCUGGCAUGAAUCAGAAAUGAUUUAUCUGUAGAAGUGGAAAAUAAUGUUCAGAAGUAUGUGUAAGUUAGUGUUGAACUGCCUGAAAUACUAAAAAUACUUUUGUUGACUUAAAAUUAGUCUUUUACAUCUACAUGAGAGCAGGUCUCCUACCAUAAAGGCCAUCAUGCACAGUCAAGUUUUUACAAAAUAAUAACAUACGUUUGUGUUGAAGUGGCAGCACAUAAUGCAUCAGCUGGAAGAUAAAGAAGAGGAGGUUAUUGAGGGAAAAAGAAAAUAUAGUGAUUGUAAGAACUUGUCAAAUUGAGGUUUUACUUUGCGUGCAGACGUGUUGAGCGUCUUGUCCUAGUGGGCCACUAUUCCACCGAUGUGAGGGGUGAGCAUGGGAGCAUUACAAUGUAGGGCUGGGCGAUAAACCGAAAAUUUACCGAUACCGAGAUUUAUGACAAUAACCAAUGUCAUAGUGUCCAUAUCGGUAUAUUCGGUGUCAAAAAAAUAAAUUAAAGUUGGUUUUGGAUGUGUGUAGGUAGGCUAUGGUCUCAUGUCCCUUAAAGACACUGUCCUACGUCAGAGAUGUGACUCCACACCAUCCAGUCCAUAACUAAGAGGGAAAGACAGAUGGGGAGAUGGAGGAUGGUUCUAAAGUUGUAGCGGCUGGAGUAGACAAAGUUAAUGUGGGAGGGGGUGAGCAGUUUGUGGAGUACCUAUCGUCCAUUUAUUGUUAUCAAGGUGAACUGCUAAAUAUAUCGUGCUUUGAGGCCGUAUCGCCCAGCCCUAUUACAGUCCAGAAUCUCACAUUGCUAUAUAUCCCCAUUCCAGUUCUUGUAUAGUUUUAAAACUAAGCAUCACAGCUGUCCAGACUGUAAACCUGGACCUGUUUUAAUAAUCCAGUACUCAGAAAUUAAGUGUAGAAUUUUGGAUUCGGACAAAAUUCAUAAUCUACGGAAACUCUGAUUAUUUCUGUAUGUUUCCCCUGGUUAACAAAGUCAGUCAACGCCCUUAGUUUAGUUUUAAAGGGACUAAUCAUCUGACUGGAAACCUAUACCAAAUGAAACACGCAUAAGGACUAAAAAUAGAUUGAUAGAGGUCAGGAGGGAUCUGAGGCUCAUAUUUGCAGAGUGUUUACAAUCCUGCCUCCUGUAGCAAACAGCCUGGCUGCCCCAAUGUUAUCUACAGCCAGUCAGUGAUCGCACUGAGCUCCCAGUCUAUCAAUCAGAGUAAUGGGGAAUUAGGCCAGGCUCCAUUCCUGGAAAGAGACCAUGGGAACAUGUGAUGGAAAAAAGGAGUGAGAGGAUGAAGGGAGAGGUAGAAGGUGAUAGAAAUGACGAGAGAGGAUGAGGGGAGCGGGGAGGCAGCUUGUUGUAGUUUAAUUCUGAGUGAAAAACAAAUUACUUACUUCAUAUUCAGGUGGAAGAGAAGACUAAGAGGGGAAGGUUGGAGAGGAGAAACAGAGCCGUGUAAAUGUAUAGAAGGAGGGAAAUUUGACAAGAGUAAGCAAAAGAGAAAGUCGAAACGAGUGAGUGAAGCUCAGAUUAUUGAAAGGGACCGUAGGGAAGAGAGACGGCAAACAAAGGGACGAGAGAGGAUUUGUGAGAGGACUGAUUGACGGGCACUUUGUUCAUCUCCAGUCCAGAAAAAUGACACCCUCGCCGGCCUCGAGGGGAACUCCCACUCUGGUUACAUCGGGUUAUAACUUUGACAGUCAGUCUUGAAGUUGGACUGUGAACACAUUCGUCCUUUUACUGCCUCAUCUCGUGCUGUUUUUGACACGACAACUCUUAAAAGUCACUUUGGAUUUGGGGCUGAAGUUUAGCGGCCCCCCUGCAGGCCAGCUUUAAGCUUUCUUGGCUCCAUUAGCCAGUUGUAAAUGAAGUCAACAAACGAGCAAAAUAAAGAGACGGAAAACACACCGACAAUUAUACAGGUGAGGCAAGUAAACCCCCACAAAUCCUUCAAGAGUCUACGUUUUGUUAAGAACAGGGCUCUUUCCCCAGUAGGUGAAUUUAGCUACAAGGUUGUUAGCCUCAGGCAGGCCAUUAAAAUUGAACCUGGUCUGGAGCGUAACCCCCCCGAAGGUUGUUUUAAUGGUGUUUUUGUGUGUACAUACACCCUGAACAUCCCUCUCAGUGUCCCCCUGGUAUUCUUGUCUUUCAUCCUCUUCAAAGUAGGUUGUACAAAGGGGGGCUCUGUGUCUGCAGGCUUGAGAGAGACAGGGAUGUUUGGGCAAACAGGAGGUGAUCUAAUCAAAUUAAGAAGAGGAAAUGCCAAGACACUAGGGAUUCAACUCGGCUGUGCAUCUAUCCUUAUUUAGGAAAAUCAGGCCCUGAUAUUUUCACAAACUUGCCGUGUAAAAGUGUGUAAAAGAAGGAGUCCUCUGAUUGUUUCUGUGUUAGUAUCACUACAACAUGCAAGUAGGGGUGGGAGAAAAAUGAUUCACAUAAGUAUCAUAAUUUCAGUUUUACACUUUUCUAAAUCGGUUCCUAUGUUCAAAAAUAAAAAAAAUGAAAUUUUCAAGUUCAAGAAUGAGUCUUAAAAUCUAACUUUCAUGUGAUGUGUAUUUUGGGGGGAAAUAUGGUUACUGGAAUAGUCAGUAGACAAUCAUUCAGCUGUUUCACUGGUGUUAAAAAUGCAGACUAAAAACCAAGAAAAUCGACUAUAUCGUAGAAGCGCAAUUUAAAUUGAAUCGGCAUCCAAAAAAUCGUGGAAGAAUUGAAUCGGAAGAAAGCAAAAAACAUGCAAGAGCACAUUUCUGCAGGACAAACUUUUCACAGGGGUGGAAGAGUUGUUUAGACUCUUAAGUUUUUUCCUGCCAUGUUCCUGCAGAAACUUCAUUAUGAUGUUGGAGGAAAAUUUCUGGAUAAAAUCUGGGUGAAAAUUUCUUCCAUUUGCAUCAACGCACAUGCAGCUGACCUGGAUAAAGUUGGGACAUUGGCUGGAGUAUUAUGCACGUGUGAGGGUCCUUUUUCAGUCAUCUGAGAAUCCUAAAUUGCUCAAUCUUAAGUCCAUUCUUGGAAAGAGGCUUUCACUGAAUCCAGGCUGACCCCUUACUCUUCUAUAAAGUGCUUUUGCAAUGACUGAGGACAAAGAAAGGAGAGCAAACAUGGAGACAAUGCAGACAAAAAUCAUCCCCCUCAUUCACACUCACCCUGAGGGGUUAAAUGUAUCUGAAGAAUCCUUAAGAAGGUGUAUUGAUUUCCCAUAUGCUUUGGUCAGUGUUUCCUCUGAGGCACUGUGUGUGUGUGUUUGUGUGUGUUUGUUUGUGUGUUAGGAUGGAUCUGUGUUUGUAGAUGUUGUGUUUAGGUUUGUAUCUAUCCGGCUUGAAGGACUGUACUUGUGAUAAUACAUAUUUAUUCUGUCCAUAUAUCUGAGGUGAAAGCAUGCAGGUCAGACUCUCGUGGUUUUAUUUGUGUCCUAGCUUGUGCAGAUAAGUGUGCAUCAGGCAGGUCUAUUAAUCCAGGGUGUGAGAUGCAGCGGCACAUCGUACAUUAUUGAUUUAUUGCUGCGUUUUGCACAUGUUGCCCCUCCUGGUCAUGGUGUCUCAGGGGGCUGAUAGCUGGUGGAGGGGGGAGUAGCGGGCCUGCGCUGGAGGCUUUAAAUAUUUCAGAGGGCCAUUUUCAUUUAUAUAAUGGGAAUUAUCCAAGUCACUAAAUCUAAUUAGAGGGAGAGUGUGAAGUUCAGCAUCCCUGCUACCUCCUCUGCCUGACCUCUCAUGAAUUCAGUCUCUGCUUUAUGGGAAUGCAACACAGCAAACUAUUGCUAAAGCAUCAGGAUAAAAAAAAAAAAGUUGGCUUAUAUUAGGGUGACAUUACGUCCUCUUUUACUGGCACAUAUCCUCUUUUUUGGGGGCUGUCUGGCUUUGUCCAGUGAAGUUCAUAAAAUCCUUCAUAUGGGUUUUGUAUGGAAGUUUUGAGUUUGUGUUGCAUAGAGCUACUGAGUUAAAAUUCGACAUGAAAAACUCUCAAAAUUAACUAUGCGUGACUCUGUGACUCCGCCCCAUGCGUAGUUGUGUCCUCCUUUUAGGGAUUCAGAAUAUGGUCACCCAGCUGAUAUCAUUUCUGUUUCAGUGAUUCACAGAUUUCUGCAGCAACAAUACUAGGAUUUUGUCUGCAUAGUUCACCUGGUUAUUUACUGUUAAUCAUGUUUUGGCUACUCAAUUAGAAUUUAAGUUUCCAAGGCUUUGUUUUCACUGCAGGGAAUUUUGUUACUCAAGAAAGUCCCUAUUUUGUAGAAAGUUCCUGUUCAGUGAUCUUAUAUUGUCGAGGUUCUUAGGUUUUAGAAAGAUCCUGCUCCCUAAACGUAGAGUCCCUAGUUUGUAGAAAUUUCAUUGUCCAUGAACUUAGAAUUCAAGUAGGGAAAGUCCCGGAAAUAUCCAGAGGUUACUGAAUGUAUUUCCAGCUAAGACUGUUAUGGAAGUACGGUGUAAAUAAAGUCUUGAAGGCUUUUAUUUUUUCUGGAUAUGAUCCUUUCUCCAUGGGUAGUACUAAGUGAAAGUACAGGGACUUUAAGAGGGACUUUGCAGUAUGAAACAUUUGUGAAUAGUUGAAUCCUUGCAGUAUUUUAAUAGCUGACUGCCUGGAUAUAUGCCAUGCCCUGCUGUCACACCGACAGCCUGAAGGAAGUCGCUUCUGUCAAGUUCAUCCUGUAAAUGCAAGUUCAGCAUUUUAAGAAGAGGAGAUUCGAAAUGACAAACAGCAGAAAUGAAGAGUUGUAGGAUGUGCUUUUAUGUGAUUGUAGUUUGGAUCUAUCCUUAAUUGUUGUUUUGGACUGGAAGAACAUUUUAAGUCAUCAUUAAAAUAAUCUCCUCAUACAAAAAGGUUCCUAGUACUUUUGGUGGGAAUGUGGCUUCAAACAUUUCUUGUAUGUAAUGAUUCUCCAUACGUUAGAAAACAGCACAUAGCUGUGGCCUUAAGGACAAACAGGGCUCCAUGUCAAAAGGUGUUUCCUAGGUGAAAGUGGAAGACCCCGAUUAACCUGCACAGAGCCCUGAUCUUCACCUCACCAGUCACCUUUAGGAUGAACUGGACAGCUGGCUGUCGGCCAGACCUCGUCUACCAUCAUCUGCCCGACCUCACUAAUGCUCUGCCGGCUGAAUGAGAGCAAAUCCCUGCAGACAGGUUUUAAAGCGUGACCUGAAAGCAGAAGAAUGGAGGCGGCUGAAACAGUACAUAAAUGCAUAUUAAAUGUGAAUUAGAAGUAAUAGCAAUGAUAUGUGGGUGCCAUGUUUGAGUUUCCACAAAGUUUAGGCCAUGCAGUGUGGACAUGGUUACCAAACUGGGGCAUAAAAUCACCAACUAAAUAAUAAUGAUAAUAAGGUUUUGUUUAUGUGUCACUUUUCAAAAACCAGCUUCAAAGUGCUUAACAAGUAAAAAGCUGAUAUAAUUGAGAAAAGUUUUUUCUUGGAGUUAGUGAUAUUCCAAAUGCUAAAUUUUGAUAGUAAGAUGUUCUUAUUUACUGUGGACGCAUAUUGGCUCCAAAUAUUGGUUAUAAGUCUCAUUAACUGCUAAUAAUUAGUAUCUUCCUGCUCAUUAUCUGGCUGCCAACCAAAGACAGAAACAAGUUAAUGCAAAAUAUUUAUAUAAAGAUUUUUUUUUCAUAUAGUUCUGAAAAAAAAAAUCCCUCUGUAAGUUUAAGUGUAGUAAAUGCCAUGGCAACGGAUUUUUGUUAAUCAAUCAGACUUAAUUUGCAAAGCAUGUUUCAAACAGCAGUCAUGUAACAGUGCUGUACAUAAAAUAGUAAUAGUAAGAAUAACAUCAAUUAAAAAGAAAUAUAUUUAGACCACUGCUGUCUCCAGCCUCAACCCCACAAUCUGAAAAAUAAGUGCCUAUGUGAGGAAAAUUAGUGCCCACAUUCAUUUAAAAAGACGAAUAAGAGCUGAAAGAGAAGAUUUUAUUAAAAAAUGAGAUUUGCUUAGGAAUAAGUGGGGAUGUUGAAAAGAGGAAAAGUUGAAUGGUUGAAUGGUUGGAGAGGGUGAUGGUGGAGAAGAGAAAAGGUAAAUGCGGCAGUGUGGCCCAGGUUGCCUUUAAAGCCUCUAUUAAACAGCUUAGCCAGCAACAGCUUUUAAUUAUGGCUGUCUGAGUCUCUCAUACAUCAACAGGUGUUCUGUAUUGCGUAGGAGGACUCUGCAUGUAAACACAGGCCUUCUAUUUAGCUGUCACUACUUGUUAUGAGUAACAUGGAGGCAUGGAAGAUGAUGGUAAACACAGCCAGCUAAACACAGACAGACGUGGACACUUUCCUGGGAGCCUCAUGGGCAAAGAUUUGGCGAGAAUCUCGGUCCAAAAAUCACAAGAAACACAGCCAGAAUUUUGUCAGUAACAAGAAUGAAUACUCGUGUUGUUUUCCAGAAAGUGAUCUUCUGCGGUAGAUUGGCUAAAAAGCAUAAUGAAAGCAGAGAAAUCAACAAAUUUAAAAGAAAAAGGGAUGACAUCAUUUAGGUGUAAAAUAGCAACACAAAAAACGAUGAGAGCAGGACUGAAGUGCGUGCGUCAAAUUGUGGCCAGAAGCUGUAGAGCAAGGAGUGCUCUUCUGCUGAACUUCUUUCCAGGAAAAGAUUUAUCCUGAAAAAGACCCUACAACAUCUUAGAUGGUUUGUUUUGACUUGACAGCAGCUUUACAUCAGAAGCAGCCAGGAGCAGAAAUCAGCAGACCUUAAAUAGACAUUAAAACCCAACCUAUACAGACAGCUAUAGAAGAUAGUUCAAGCCUGUGCAAUGUAAAGUCACGUGUGACAUGACUUUGAAGAAAAAAAAACAGUUAUGUGUUUGUUUUGAAUUCAACACACACACUUAUGGAAAGUGAAAGUAAAGUCUCAACCGCAACACUCCUGCUGAAGGACCUGAAUAGAGCUGAGUGUGAUAUUGUGAGUCAUUGAAGUUGUUGGUUUGCAUUCACAAACAGUGCUCAGUGGUUCUAGUAUCAUCUCCGUAGUGUGUGCUUUCAGGUUUGUAGAGCGACCGUAACGCCCUGUGUGGUCAAAGUGGUCAUUGUUGUUGUGAAGAGGGGGCUUCAACCUGAUUUGUACCUCUGUGUGUCAUUCAGAUAUUUACCAGAGCCUCCAUAAAGUUUGAAAUACAGAAUAUGUCUCCUAAACAGAUCUGGAAAGGUUAUCCUUCUGCUGCUGUUUCAGAGAUUUGUUACUGUGGUUUAAAACAAACAAACGGUGCCUCUGGUCCAGCUCUGUAAACACCAGCUGAAGUGGAAAACCAACUGUUUUCACUCAUUUGUAGAUUUCUUUGUUGUGCAGGAGGAUCUCAGUGAGGACAAGAACGCUGCAGGUCCCUCUGGAAACAUUUCUAAAACACUUGACUGGCCACUUGCUCUGUUUUAUCCAACGGAGUCGAUGUUUUACGAUGAAUAUUUCAGAGUUCAAAGGCGUCGGGUCUCUCAAAAGCACGCAGCCUGAACUCUCGUACGACGGGGAGAAUUUAUUCUUCAUGUGGGACAUUUUUCCUCCUUAAUUACAAACACAGCUGCCCCGGAUCUGCCAGGUUCAAUAAACCUGCAGUGUGGAGAAGUGGUUGAUAAAUCCCUGUUGCUGGCCUGAGUUUUAUUCUUUACAUCUGCAGAGUGUGUGUUGUAGGGCUGCAGGGCACGAUACCUGUGGGAGAAAAGUGGUGAUAGGAGGUUAGGGGGAGUCUAUAGAAAACACUGACACGUGUUAAACAAGACCCCUUGGUGAAAACACACCAAAAUAAAGAGAUGGAUGACACGGACUGCAACAAGAGGCACUUAGCUUUAAAAGAGCAGGAUUAUGAGUGGCCCCACAUGGCCGAUCUCUGGCAAAGGGAUGGUAGCCUUUGAGGAUAUAAGAUGCAAGAUGAGUAUGAUACUUGGGAUUGAUUUAAAAUCCUGUUGAGCUGUAAGGCCCAUAAUGGAUCGGCGCCACUUUACUUGGCUGUGCUUCUUUAUGUUCUCUGUCCAGCUGCUCCUGGAUGUGCCUAAAACUCACCUCAAAACUGUGUGAUCAGGCCUAGGCAGUAGCUGCCCCUAACCUGAAGAACAGUUUACCACUUCAGAUAAAAUUCAGCCCCCCUACUGAAUUUUUCUUUUGACAGAACGGUGUUAUCAUGAUAGAUUUAAGUACUUUUAUAAAGAUGUGUUGUGCUUUUAAUGAUGUUUUCUCACAGUGUUCUUACCUUGCAAAGCCAACAUUGUUUUUUUGAAUGUGUUAUAAAGGUUGAUUUGCGUUUUCAAAAAUACAUUUAACACAUGACUAAAAGGGUUUGAGCAGCAGGUCAACAGCAAAGAUUGUGGUCAGUGGCUGAGCUGAGACCUCCUGCUUUAUCUGCUAACGUUUUGUAGCUAUCAGCCAGAGGACACGCUGCUCUCUCUCUCUCUCUCUCUGUAUCUUUGUGUUUCUGCCCCAAUAGCCACACACACAGACACAUUCAGAGUCACACAUGUCCACUUUUGCGCCGGUGCAGACAAAGAAGACAAGCACAGAACAUGGUGCACUUUAUUAGACGGCUCUUUUCUUCCUGAGAAAUUGGUGUUGCUCACCUUUGUGCAGAGCUGCAGAGUGUUCCCAUGAUUGUUGUACGUCUCCUUUCACCUGCAGCUUUUGUGUCUUCUGCUGAGGCCAAGAUCAAGACUAGAUUUAGUAUUCUGCUUAAUCCUACGGUGGCAGUAUUGCAGUGCUUGCAUGGAGCACAAUAUUAAAAUAUAAAAAAAAUCUUUCAAAUAUCUAUUGAUUUCACUUAACAUUGCAAAUUGAACUCAGACACUGGAUUAUUGAUCUGGGAAAAACCAGCUACUUAAAAAGACCAAAUCGGCUCUUGUCAAUAAGAACCUGCAAGGACAAUUUUCAGGGUAAUCAGCUAUCAAAAAAUUGAUUUUGUACGAGCUAACUCUGCUACAAUUUAUCCUUCACCUUGUGUUCACCACUGCUCAGUUAUUUUAUCUCACUCUACUUUGGGUCAUCUGGUCAAUAAAAGGUUCAAUCCUUCCUUAAGAUGCCCACGAAGCUGCAGGGGCGUUGCAGCUGAUUGGCUGCAGACCCUAUCAGCCAAACACAGACACAUGACAGAGGAUGAUAUGAACGCAGAAAAAUGCCAUAUUGUGCAUGCAUGUAAAACCACCAUAUGGCAGCUCUCCCAUACAUAAACAAAUACGUCUGUCUGUGUCACACUCAGACACUGCACAAACAUCACCAUAUGGUUGUUUUCCCAUACUUUCCAAACAUGCACAGUACAAACAGUUUUCAUCUGCAGGCAAAUAAGAGCAGAAAACAGACUUUUAAAACAUAACCAGAUACUCUGUUGAGCAUUUGAUCUGUUGAAAAAGAAGUUCAAGAACACACAAAUGAUCAGCAAACAUUGACAUAAGCAGUAUAAAUAUCCUAAAGUGAUAUGAAGUUGACAUAGUCAAAGUACAGUAGCACACAAAGGAAAGAAACCUGCAUCAGAAAUUGUUCAAUGAGGAGUAAUGUCAAUAAAAUAAGUCAAUUAUUCAUUUGAUUAUGAUUUAAAAAAAAAAAAAAACACAAAAAAAACAGCAAAUAUCUUGAUUGUCUUUAUACCUGCAAGAUCUGGUCUGUGUGUUUGUAGGGGGCAUUGUUAGAGGUAGAGAGCUUUGGCUUUUGUCUGCAGAAAAUGAUUGUGUGGCUGAGUGUGUGUGUGCGUGCGUUUGUGUGUGUGUUUGUGUCUGGUCUUGCUGUGUUUUCCAGGUCAGUUGAGCUGUCUGUAAGUCUUGUAUUUCCUGGCCGAGGGUUUCUUGUGAUUGAUGCACUCUGGUCACCUCCGGCGUUAUCUGUCUGUCAGUCUUUGUCUUCCCUUUGUCUUCUCUUUGUCCCACACACACACACACACACACACACACACACACACACACACACACACACACACUUCCCUGAGGCAGGUUACGAGUAAAGUAAAAGCACCGUUGUUACCCCUUUAUGUCUCCUCUGUUUCUCAGUCUCGCUCCUUGUUUCUCUCACUUUCUGUCAGGGUUACUUUAGGACAGUGUCACUUGCUUUCCCUGCAGCGUAUUUUGCUUACUGCAGCAAAGAACAGCUCAGUAUAAUGUUUUACACCUCCACUGUGUAUGUGAGAGAGAGAGUUUAGUCCUCAAACUGGGCCCAGAAGGGAAGCUGUUAGAUACUAGUUUGGUUUGCACUAUUUGUCUUCUGCCUGUUUGGAGCCCUAUUAAAAACCUGUUAUUUAUUUGAGGUUUGUUUGUAUAGGGACGAGUAUGAGGCAAGUAAACCAAAGCUGCACACUUAAGCAUUUAAGCUUGAGCUAACUUGCAAUGCUUAUUGUAGUUGGAGCCUUUAAAAGCAGCAGAAAAUGCACAAAAGACAGUAGGCUACAAAACAAACUCAACAACAAAACGAUGCUUGUGAGUGAAAUAUUAAUAAAACACCCUGGAACCAUUCCAAUAUUGUUAACUUGAUUAUAAUUCAAAUUGUGCAGAAAAACAAUGUUGCAGCACACCUGAAUUUUCCUCCCUCGUUCUCAUAUUUGGCUCUGAAAAUCCAGAAGCCCAGAUUCCUUUCCUCUCCCAUCCAUCUCUCUGACUUUUUAAUUUUGCAGCUGCAGCCCACUGCACCACACCGCUGUGACUGCUUCCCGAGGCAGUAAAACAUUUAAUUAUUUUACCAUCAUGAAUAAUUUAAUAUUUGAGUAUGAAUUUUUUCGCCCUGGAUAAACGAAAGGACAUAAAAGUGUAUGCAGUGAGCCCCUGUGAGGAGUUUUAACUGGUUGUAAAACAGAUUGAAGUUGAUUCUGAUGUCUCUUAAUGAUACACAAAAGCAAACAAGAUCAUUAGCUAGGCUAGCACACUGAGUAGGGUGACCAUAUGUCGUCUUUUACCCGGAUAUGUCCUCUUUUUUGGGGGGUUUCUGGGUUUGUCCAGGGAAGUUUACAAAAUCUUUCAAAUGUCUGCGGUUUUGUACGAGAGUUAAGAUUUUGUGUCAUGUGGACUUGCUGAUUUAGAAGCACAUAAAAGACACUCCAUCCGACCGGAAAAACUCUCAAAAUUAACUUCAUGCGACUCAGUGACCCCACCCCUCGUGUCCUCUUUUUGGGAAGUCAGAAUAUGGUCACCCUAACACUGAGGAAACAAACUUUUUUACAUUUUCAAAAGUAAAUAAGUGACAAAUUUGACUGUUCAAUUAGAUUGUUUUAUCAGCCUACAGGGGGCGCCAAAGUCAACACAAACCAAAUGUGCUUCACAGCAGCUUUUGUGUGAAGCUAGCAGCUGCUGUAAAUCAUCCAGCUGGAAGAGGAAGAGGAGAGGGGUUGUUGCGCCCAAAAGAAUUUGCAGAAAUAGGAGUUUUUGUUUGUGAAAUCUUGAAAAAUGGAGGGUCAUAUUUAUUUUGUAUUACAGGAGUUUCUUGUCCUUGAAGGCCACUGUUGUUUUUUCACCAAUGAGAGGGAUGAGAAGGAAAGUCAUUCUUACCCAGAGCUUAGGGAUGUAAAUAGGGAUGUUCUGUAUCAACUAAUCUGCUAGUUAUUGAAAAAUCAGUCAAAAUAGGAAAAAAUAAAUAGUUUAGCAUGGUUAAACACGUGGUUGAAAAGUCUGGAUUGUGUCUAACAUUAAGAGAGUUAGCACCACCAGCCUUCGGUUCCCCUUGCAGGUCAAUAUCCACAUAGCUGUGUUGGUUAUAUGUUGCUGCAGUUGAGUGUUUAUAUGCCAGUUUAAGCAGACACAACCUAGAUACAGCUUAAUUUGGAUUACGUAUCUAAUACAAACAUGUUAGGGAGUUUCUAGUUAGUAAUAGUAAUAUUAGUAAUUAUUAUAGUAAUAUUUGUAAUUAGUUUGACUGACUAGUAAUGAUGGUGCUGCAUAGCAAGGGUGGCAACAUAUAACUGUUAAGUUGACUAAACGUACAAUUACCCUGUGUCAACUUAAUGGAAAACAGAGCAUGUCUUAUAAAAGGAGAAGAAGAAAUUAAACAAGAAAUACAACUGUAAGCCAUAAAAAUUAUUCAUUAAGAGCAGAACCCUCUACUGGGACCAAGUAAAAGUCUCAAACAACAGAUGGGGUGCAUUCAUUUUAAAAGACUGCAACACUCACAUCUUGCAGCACUUUAGUGUUUGGUUUUUCAUCCUCUGCUUGUCAUGUGGUUGUUUUCCCUCCUUUGUUUUGAGAUUUGUCCUUUCUUUUGCUUUAAAAUACCCAGUUGGGCAUCAUUUAUUACCAUACCAGAGGGACAGUACACAUACUCCAAAUAUUUGUGUUUAUUCUUCUGGUGUAGUCUUUCACUUUUUCAUGUUUUAGUGCACAUGGUCUGUGAAUAUUUGUAGAUUAUAGACAUCUGUAAUUUGUGAUGAUUCACAGAGAGUCUAAACAUCUCUGCAUGGCCUCUUUUCUUCCUCUUAUCCCCCAGAUAAAAUACACAGUUUACUCCUCUAUUAAAAAUUCAUGUGUGGGAACUUAAUUAUAGAUCAUGGCUGGUUGAAGAGAGGAGCUGGAAGUGCUAAGUGGAGUUUUCUUAAUGAUUUUCCCUCUUCAGAGUGAAGUGAAAGUAGCUUCUUCUCUGCAGCCUCCUGGCAGGAGGAUGAGUAGUGUAAACAGCAGACACCUAAUAAGGAGACUGGCUGUAACGCCAAUAUAUGUGUGUUAGAGUGUGUGUGUGUGUGUGUGUGCGUUCACAGUGUGAGAGGAAUAUUUAUAGAGGUCUGAUAAGAGGACACACAUACAGCCGGCACAGGCUGUCCCACCAGCAGAGGAAUAACUGAACUAGUUUGGAUUAAGUGCUUUCUCACCUUCCUUUAGUUAUAAAAACCUUUAAAAUAGUGUUUAAAACCAUUCUUGUUACACUUAAUCAGAUUAGUUACUCAUCUCUCGAUCCAUAUUGUUUCUGUAUUUUCUCUUCCUCUGUUAUUGUCACUGAUACUUUCGUUUAAAUAAAUAUUUUUGGAUUCUGGUAUUUUUUCAUCAGCACACAUUACACCGUAUCCAGCAGCAGUAUUGUGUGUAAGUUCAUUCAGUUCAUAAUGUGGAGAAGCAUACUGCAUAUUUCUGCCCUGCCAGUGUGCACCAUUGCCAGAGCAACCUCAUGUUUGCGUGCUGCAUACUGAACCUCACAGAUCUGCUUUCAUAUUCAUACUAUUUAAAAUAUUCAGCUAACGCUCUCAUGGUGCAGCAGUAUAAUAAAAAUCAUUUCUGGUGUGCAAAUUGUCAUGCAAGGAUAUUUCAUACUGACCACAGCUAAUGCUGGAUCCUUUCACACUACAGCAGUAUAAUAAUGAUCUGCACAUUUUCUUUACAUUGUCAAAACUGAAUGUAUUAACAGUCUUCGAGGCAACGUUUGUCUGUGAAUGAACCAUCAUAUGAAUAUCUCACAUUCCCAAUCAGAAAAGGAGUCUUUGUGGUAGUAAAAAUGUUUUGUUUUUUUUGUUGCUAGAAGAAUCUUAAAUGGUGGUAAAUAUUUCAAAUGUCCUGAAAAAUUAUUCCUCUAAAUUCCUUUUGCCUGCUUUGCCUUUAGAAGUACAUGAUGGAAAGAAUAUUAUGGCUAAAAAAGGGUAAAAACAAGACAAAAGAAAAGUUUUAAGUUUAAAGUAAGGCUGGGACGAUGUGCUUUUCUACCGAUUCGACAUUGUUGAUUUUCUCAAUAUUUAGUCUGCAUUUUUAACACCAGUGAAACAUUUGAAUGAUUAUGAUUGUCCACGGACUAUUUCAGGAACCAUAUUUCCCCAAAAAAUACACAUCACAUGUAAGUCAGUUUUUAAGAUUUAUUCUUAAAUUUGAAAAAAAAAAUCAAAUUUUGAACAUAAAAAUUGAUUAAGAUUGUAAAACAAAAAAUCGCAAUACUUAUGUUCAUCGAAAAUUUUCUCCCUCCUCUAGUUUAAAGCCAGUCUGGACUACGGCUAAAGUAGGGACCAGGAUCACAGCAUGUGUCUUAGGACAUUUGUUUUAGUUAAUGAUCAGUUUUUUUAACCAUAUUUCUUUAUUUUGCAGAUCAAUGUGCGCGUCACCACUAUGGACGCUGAGCUGGAGUUUGCCAUCCAGCCCAACACGACCGGCAAACAGCUCUUUGACCAGGUAAGACACACACGGACUCAUAUUUGUGCAAAAUGAGGACAAUAACUCCAGAGAAAACUUUGAGAACCAAUAUUUUCAGCAGCAAGAGUGGUGAAAAAAACACUCAGAAGGGAAUAAGAGUCCAGAUUCAGACUCUGGGUUUACUUAACUAGUUGAACCCUGUGACCUCCAGAAGAAUCACGUUGUCACAAACUACCGAGAAAAAGCAAAACUGAGAGUCAUUUUGUGUGCCAGUGGGUGAUUGCCUGGCUUAUGGUCGGUGCUGGUUGCAUAAAAAAAAUGACAAAGUGCUCUUUGUCCACACUAGGAGCUUUUGGAAGACAGUGGAUGUAAGUGUUAGGUGGAUGGUGUGGGUCUGUGUGUGAAUGUGAGUCUGGGAAGUGAAAGAGCAGCUUUCAGCAUUGUUUCAUGUCAGGCUCUAGGGCUUGUUGGGGGUUGUGGUGACACAGAGAGAGGAAAGCAGAUGAAAGAGAGAACCUUUGUUUUCUGCUAUUUUGGUGCUGGUUUUGUUCUGCUUUAUGAUGUGGUAUGAAACAUAAACAAAUCUGCACUAGAUAUGUUUAUGUCAAAACAGCUUUCUUUUCACUACAACAAAUGAUUUCUGGUGUUUGUGGUGAAGUUUUUUUUUUGUAUUUCUCUAUUUCAUGGUUAACUGGCUAAACAGAUAAAACAGUAUGAUAUUUCUAGUUGGAACAAAAACACCUAAACGAAACCAUUUUUAGACACGUGGCUGAAAUAUCUUGGCUGUAUUUCCAUAAUUUGGCUUUAUAUCUGUAAUUUAUAUUCUUGGCUGCAUUUCCAUUAUAUCCAAUUUUGUGGGCAUCAAAGUAUCUCUACCUAUCUGUAUUCUUUCUAAACAUUUUCAAAACCAAACUAGAUGAACUUUCGUUUUGACUAAACAGGCUCUUAAGUUCUGAGAAUUAGUGAGAGGAAACUGAAGGUGGGAAGUGAGCAAACUAGCAGGUGUACAAGUAAUGACAGACCUCAGGGGCGCUGUUAAGUUUCAUGUGACCAUCAUCUACUAAAAAUAGAUAAUGAUCAAGUAGAUGUCCCCCCUCCACACACAGUUAUGCUUGACUGAAAUUAUGGGACAUAUAAAAACAUUUCAGGGGGUUUCAGGGGGUGUUGAGAUGCUGUAUAAAUGAGGGAGAUGGGAUACAAAACCAAAUGUGAUGCCAGCACCUCAGGAUAUGUGUUCAGAUUAACGGUUGGGUUGUGUGGCUGCAGUGAUAACUCUACUUUACAAGAUGCUUCUGACAGCAGGAGGAAUACACCAGCUAAUUAACUUCCUUGAACUUUAUAGUAUGAUUCAUACUUCUGCACAAGGACUGUAUAUUGAAUGGACGCUGUCUGCCUCCUUGCUGGGUGAAGCCACUCCAAGAACAGCACACCCUGGUGACGGGCUGCAGUACAGGUCAUAAAUCCUGCCUCCGCCAGCCAUCCUUAUGGGGCUGUGGACAAACUUUAAUUACACAGAACAUAAAUUUUUUCUCCCCCUUGCUUGCGAUGUUGACAUGUAUUGUUGUAAGACUGGUUUGUGCUCAAGUCCUCUUUUUUCUAUACAGCUCAUUUCUAAAAGUUAUUAGGGGGUUCAUGUUUUCUAUGAUUGACACUUGAUACAGCCUAUAGGUGUUCGAAGAUUGCAUAGCUCACCCUGGGGAAACGCUGUUUGAGUCGAGUGUCAUCACAGCGACUCUCUGCGACUCUCCCGCCGAAUGCGUACAAUGCAACUGCGCAAUGUUGGUUUCAGGAAAUGGAGAAAAACACGGAAUUACAGAGUUUUUUGGCUUCAAAUCCGUAUAUAGGCGGAAGGCGGAAUCAAGUUGUUCUUAGUAUAUACAGUCUAUGCCUCUGCAUCAAAUCUAUGCUGGAGCAUAUACUGUAGGUUAGCUUAGCCAUGUACUGAGCUGAAGCCUGCAUAUAUAGCAUGGUGAUGUGUAGCGCACCUCCUCAAAAUUUAACUACACAUUAAAAUAAUACCUUUGAUUUAUGACAUGUAUCUUUAUGCCGGUCUCUAUCUUUGUUGAGGUCUUACAUUUCAUCCCAUAUAGUGAUCUUGUUUUGUUUUAAUGACUGUAAUUUUAAAUUAAGUUUUCUGGGAUUUCUGUUUUAAUUUUUGAAACCUAACCAGGGACGGAAGUCGCAAAUUAGCCAUGCCAUCUACUUCGCACUUUAUAAAGCAAUAUUUCAGCAAAAUAUUCAAAUAAACAGGUAAAUAAAUUAAAAUUGAUCACCCCCACCCCGAAAACAUGGUGUACUUGGAUUCAGUCACUGUGGUUUCCUGUACACAAACAAGCAGAAGAUGUAGCAGAAGUGAAAUGAUAAGACCGGCAGUGAAAUUGUUCAUCCAGCUUGCAUUUAUAGGUUAGGUGCAACACACACAAGUGCUUAUUAUGGCAGAGGCUACUACAAUGAAGACCACUUUGGCAUAGGUGCAGACAGUGUAAAGCCGGAGCAGAAGCUUUAGUGGAUGUUUCAAUGAUGCAGCAGUGUGGCGUGCAUGUUUAGAUUUUACUGCAAAGUAUUUUCAGCAACCAUUACGUAACUUUUUUUGUCAUUUGCUUUUAAGUAUUCUUUUAAAAUUUCAGAUGCACCAUAGCCACCAUCUGGCAGGUCUACCACAGUACAACCUCUUUGGUUACUUCUUGCUAACACUGAGUAACAGGAAAGCACAUGUCCAGCAGUAAUAUGGUGAAUCCUGUGAUGAUGAGUCAUCUCAGGAACGACCUUGAAGCGUUUAGUCAUUCAGUCGUGUUUUCAUUUGUAGAUGGUGCAGCUACACCUGAAUGAAGAGAGAGCUCCAUUGAUAAAGAGGCUGUCAGGCUUAAUUUAACCACUCAUAAGCUCACACACACACACCCACACACACUGACACACACUCUGACACACCGAAUGAUGAAAGGUCUUAGCGUCAGGAAAGCUUUUUAAUCACACUAACAGAAACAGCAGCAACUCAUGAACAAGAGCACUUUGAUGCACCGGGCGGGAACACUUUCAGAGUCGUCUGCCUCAAAGUGUUGUCAUCAGUUAUCAAAAGCAGGAUUCCCAUUCUGUCUCCAAACAGCUUGAUUUUUUUUCUGUUUCACUUUCAUGUUGCCCGUCUUUUUUUCUUCCCUGUCACUUAUUAUUCCUCCUCUUUCAUCCCGGCAUUCCCAGAUCGCUCUGAGGCUUCUCCAUGACAUGUGCACGCUGAGCUCUUCAGCAUCUGCAUAUCAGCCUCCUCACACGGCAUUCCCAGCCCCAGUGGAGGCCCUGUGUGUUUAAGUGGAUUUUUAUGUUUGUGUGUGUGUGUACGGUCACAUUUCUGACAACAUGUUUUCGCUGGAUGUUUGUGGUUUCUUUCUGUAUUUGUUUACAGCUGGGAUUAUUUGAUACACAUGGGUUAUUCAUGCAUUUGUGUGAGCGUGGCUGUCUGAAUCUAAGCGUGGGAGAGAGUUAAUUAUAUAAUAGUAAGCGCCGUCGUAUUGACCGUGUAAAUCACAUUAGGGUCUCAGUAAGUGUCUGCAUCCCCUCAGGGACCUUCACGCCCCCUCUGUCUCUCUUAGUCUGUAUCAACAGGGCGACAGUUUGUGAAUGAGUGAGCGUCUGAGCUUGAACAAGAAAGUUAAGGGAGAAAUAGAAAGUAGGAAAUGAAGCGAAGAGACUUAAAGAAGGUUGAAAUCUGCCUCUAAACUUCGACAGAUAGGUGAAUUUGACGCCAGACAUACUGCAAGAGUUAAAUCAAAUAACACUUAUAGAUGGCCCCUGGAGAGAUGCUGAACAUGUGGUUUUUAGACUCUUUUGCCUGUUGCGUCUGCACAUGUCAGGGACAUUCCCAUCACUGGUUGUGAACUUGACUGUGUGGUUUCAGGUGGUGAAGACGGUGGGUCUGAGAGAGGUCUGGUUCUUUGGCCUGCAGUACACAGACAGUAAAGGUUACAUCACAUGGCUCAAACUCAAUAAGAAGGUAAGAAAUGCUGCGUCUAACACACCACAUACACACUCCUCAGUCCUGUUUUUAUCGUCCUUUUGUAAACAUGAUAACUUUGAAGUUACAGAGGCCUCCUGGUGUUAGGUCUCGAUCCUGUUUGAAAGCUUUCAAAGUAAACUUAUGUGUGUAAUUUUAACUUUGAUGUGCUGAACGGAAACUGAAAUCUAAUAUCUGUUUAAUCUUAGUUUAAAGAUAGUCUGAUAUCCUACAGAUUUAUUUAUGUGUUUACAUACUUUAAAGACAAGUUAAGGAAAAUCACGGAGGUUAAGAUAUGGGAGGUUUUCUCUCUGCAGGUGACCCAGCAGGAUGUGAAGAAGGAAAAUCCUCUGCAGUUUAAGUUCAGAGCAAAGUUUUUCCCAGAGGAUGUGUCUGAAGAGCUCAUCCAGGAGAUCACACAGAAACUCUUCUUCCUGCAGGUAUGGGGAGAUUUUAGUGCUCAUGAAAAUACGUGUCUAAUCAGGUCAAAGGAAAUUCAAAUGAGAGGAAUAUGUUCUGAAAAUGAUCUGGAUUUUUGUGGUUUUCUGUAUCAUCUCUCUGCAUCUGUUUCGUGUGUUUGUGUGUGUCCUCCCUGCAGGUGAAGGAGGCCAUUCUGAACGAUGAGAACUACUGUCCUCCAGAGACAGCCGUCCUGGUGGCCUCGUACGCUGUUCAGGCCAAAUAUGGAGAUUACAGCAAAGACAUCCACAAACCGGGAUACCUGGCCUCCGACCGGCUACUGCCACAGAGGUGCAACAUAUAACAAGCUUAUUCUUCAUUAUACAGCAACUUUCACUUUCAGACUCCAGAAACUGUUCUCCUCCGCCUCCUCUUAAACAUUUACUUACAGAGUGUUGUUUAAAGAAGAAGGGAUGCAACACAGUGCUCAACAUGUCCUCCUCCCAAAUGCUGUGAAACAUGACGACAAAUGAAAAUGAGCUUUUCUGUUUCAUUUGCAUCUUUACUCUCUAGAGUUCUCGAGCAGCACAAGCUGACGAAGGAGCAGUGGGAGGACAGAAUACAGACCUGGCACGAGGAGCACAGAGGCAUGCUCAGGUGUGUGCUGUGGGUUCUCAGGGCUCGACUGUGCGACCAUGUCACUCACAUUUGCGACUGAAAAAUAGAUGUGAAAUUUGUAAAAUGUAUUUAGGGGCACAUGUGCGCAUAAAAAAAUCAGCCGAGGCAACAAAUGUUUUUUCAUGUAAAUACCAAGCGAAGUUAGUUUUAGGUUGGAUAUUCGACAGACAUUCACAGUGGAUCUACCGGUGUCUUCUAACUCACAUAACCUGGAAUAGCAACAGCAGCGCGAUCAAAUCUACUCAACACCCUCGCUGUCAACGUCGGGUAGAUUGGAUAAGGGACCAUCAAUAAAUUACCGGUUGAUGUUCUCAAAAAAGGCUGCUUCCAUGUCAUGUGACCAAUUGACCUAAAACUGAUUUCAAAUAAUAGUACGAAGGUCGGACAAUAAUACACGCCUCUUUAUUUCCCUAAUUUGUUCUUUUUGUGUUAAAUUUAAAGGCAAAUUUUGAACAUUUUCUUCAAUAGCUUCCAUUUCAUGUGAGCAAAAGACCUAAAAUUGGUUUCAUAUAAUAGUACUUAUGUCGACCAAUAAGACACACAUUAUUUGAUCAAUUUUCAUUGUGCCCCUAAAGUUCUUUGUGUGCUCCUUACUUUUCAACUUAGGGGUGGGCACAUGUGCUUCUUGUGAAAAAAAAGUUAGUGUCACGCCUUGGUUAUGAUUUAUAAGACAGUGUUGUGGAUUUGGGAUUAUAUGUGUGCGACUCGCUCAUUUUUUCUCCUUGUUUUGCGGUCGUGUGCAGGGAAGACGCGAUGAUGGAGUAUCUGAAGAUCGCUCAGGACUUGGAGAUGUACGGCGUAAACUACUUUGAAAUCAAAAACAAGAAGGGCACGGAGCUGUGGCUGGGAGUCGAUGCUCUGGGACUUAACAUCUACGAACACGAAGACAAGUAACCAACUCACACAAACAUACACACACACGGUGGUGACAUACUUCUGAAAUUGUGUAGUUAAGUGAGGAUUCAUUCAUCACAGUUUCAUACUUCAUAAAUAUUUAACACUAAUGAGGAGUCCCAAGAUUGCCACAGAGUCAGAGCUACUUCAUAAUGUGCUUCAUGUUUUCUCUUAUUCAUUUCUUACUAGUAAAUUAUUGAAGAAUUUAGACUCUUUCCAGGCCAAAAAUCAAAACAACGAAACAAAGAUAAAUCACUUUUGGCUGAUGUGCUCACCGUUUUAUGAAAUAUGCAAAUGUAAGAGCAGGUUACAAGUAGCCGUGCUUUUGUUUUGAAGGGCCAAAGAGUUCAGAAAAAGGUUUAGUUGAUUUGGUCAGCAUCUCAUCGAAACUUAAAGUGGACAUUAAAGAGGAAGAGAGAAAACCACAAGAGGACUUUAUGCUGAUGACACCAACAAUGCCCAUAAACAGAAUUUUACUGAAAGUCUCACCACUGAUCAGUCUUUUCAGAAACAUGUUGAUUGCUGGAGUCUCACAGCUUGGUGAAUAAAGCUCUCAUAAAAACUCUUAAUAAAAUGGAAAAUUUCCACCAGUAUGUAAAUGUGUUAAAACUUAGAUAUACAGCCAUAAGUAUGUCUCAGAAAGUAUGUAUUAUUCAUCAGAUGCUGCCGUUUCAGAGAAAAAUCAGCUGAAUAAAAAACUGUGAAAUGUUAUUAAUGCAGUAAAGAGAGGAGUCCUGUCCUCUCUGUGAGCGUCUCAAUGUUCCAGCUCAUUCAAAACGAGAAGUCGACUCUCAGCUCCCCUCAUGACUUUGAAAAGCAUUAGUUUGAGAACAGCGCCCUCUUUUGGUGUCACUGGGAAGAGCAGAAGAACAGGCUGAAUAUUUACUGAAGGUUUCGAAAUACUCAGAACUUUACCAUGCGUCUAGAAACUUUGCUUUAAACUUUUGGAUUAAAAAAUCUUAAGAAAUGAAUCAACAUUUUAAAAUCAUGUCUGUGUUUCUUCAGGUUGUCACCGAAGAUUGGCUUCCCCUGGAGUGAGAUCAGAAACAUUUCCUUCAAUGACAAGAAAUUUGUGAUCAAACCCAUCGAUAAAAAAGCUCCAGUAAGUGUUGGUAUGAUGUUGAAUCUAUUAUUUGUAUACUACUUUUUAAUUUUGUACUGAUUUCAGUGUACAUCGUCUGUUGACUCUCGCAGGACUUUGUCUUCUACGCUCCUCGGUUGCGGAUCAACAAACGCAUCCUGGCGUUGUGUAUGGGAAACCACGAGCUGUACAUGAGGAGGAGGAAGCCCGACACCAUCGAGGUGCAGCAGAUGAAGGCUCAGGCCAGAGAGGAGAAGCACCACAAACAGAUGGAGAGGUACACUGCACACACUGUUCCUCCAUUUCCAGGGGAUAUUUCAAUAUUUUUGAAGUAAGGUUGGAGGAGUUACAGAGUGUUUAAGUCUCAAUGGAUGCUGGUCCUUCUACCUUUGCUGAAAAACUGCUGGAAAGAGCAGGUCGCAAGCUAGGCUGCAUUUCUUCUGCAUAUGGGGCCAACACUACACAUAAUUCAGCUCAUUUUGACAGACUCAUACCCAUGCACAUGUCUCGGUUUAAGCGAACACUCUACUGAGAAUUUUUUGCAGCACUUAACCAUCAGAAGGCCCCAUUUUACUUGCAGUAUUUGGGAAUGUAACACACACACACACGUUCUUUCACAUUUGGUGAAUUGAACCCCACUUAAAAAAUUACUGAAUCAUCCCUUUAGGUGUGUCUGCAGUCUGACACUUAAAAAUCACUUAAUAAAGGGUGGAGAAGUUCGGAAAAGAACUGAAGGGCGAGGCCAGGAAAACAUUUCACUCUAAGAUCAUUCAUUGCUUUAAUGUUCUUUUCUACAACAUCAGCCAUUCCUUUUUUCUGUUAUGUUUUUGGGCAUUUUUGACCUUUUGAGGAGUGACAGCUGAAGAGAGACAGAAAGCACAGGAGGAAAGAGAGUAGGAGGAAAACAUGCAGCAAAGGGCCGUGGCCAGGAGUCUGCUGCUACAAGGACUAUAGUGUACACUGUGAGGCUGUCAGCGGCUCAGUCAUUUCUGAUGAUUUUUAAUAAAAAAAAAACAUCAUCAGUAUUUUCUACUUACCGCAAAGUGUUCAGAAUAAACUGGUUAUUUGUUGGGUUUUAAAGUGAGUUGAUUGAUAGGGCUGGAUGAACAGUAGGGGGCAGUGUUGCACUGAAAACAACAAAAUCUUGUGUCCUACGAGUAGUUUUUUUAUGUUUAGGUGGAAGAGAAAAACAAAAUAGUCUGCUUAACAGUUGUUAAAGAUGUGGAUAUUUUUAUAUUAUUUUACUUUUAUAGUCAAGUGUUCCCUUUUAAGUCAUGACACAGGAGUCAGCCGUGACAGACUCAUAACACAGAAUAUCUAACACUGAAUUUCCUGAACCUAUUCAUAGAUCCUACAAUACAAAUUUAGCUCAUAGUGGUAGAAAUUAUUCUCUAGCGUAUUAAUUGUUUACACUUGUGUAAGAAACUGAAAUCUGACAACACUUCAAAAACUGACUUGAAAUUUUCCCAGCGUUUCCUUUAAAACGAUUAUCACGCUGAGCUACUUUGACUCUUACAGAGAGUAAUGAAUGUGAAUUAAAGUGAUCGUUUUCUGCGUUAUUUCGACAGAGCACAGCUGGAGAACGAGAAGAAGAAGCGUGAGCUUGCAGAGAAGGAGAAGGAGCGGAUAGAGCGAGAGAAGGACGAGCUGAUCGAGAGGCUGAGGCAGAUCGAGGAGCAGACACAGAGAGCUCAGAAAGGUACGACUGCGCCUUUAUCGAACUGUAAACACUCCUGGACCAAAGUGAGAUCUUGUUUCAGAGCUGUCAGAGAAUCUAAGGUUAAUGCCAGAUUAACCCGCUUACCUCUGAGUUUCGCUCAUCAUUUCAAUCACUUAAAGUUCAUUAAGUUGAUUGAUUUGAUUUGAAAAUCUCAUGAUAAAUCAAAAACUGCCCUCACUCUGAAUUAGAUUAGAUGAGUCCCCCGGAGUCCUGCAAAAACUGUAAUUUUUGUCUUGUGCACACAGGAAAGUAAGUUGUCUGAGAAGUUUUUGCCUACACUUAAUAGACAUCAGCAUCCACAUAAAGGUCAUUCUCAUAACAACAGAUCAGUUAAAGAAAAAAGCUCGAUCACAGGAAGCAAUGAUUUGGCAACAGUGGGAUGUGUUCCUGCAGAGUAACAUAGUUAUAACGUAGCUGGUACAGCAUGAGGAGCGAGUCACAUUUACCCCACAGUGAACUUUCAUCAUCUCAAAAUCCUCAAUAUUUUAUUUGGAGAUCUGUCUGACAGAAUGAAGACUCUUGGAUGUAUUUAUUCUGGAUUUUUUUGUGCAUCUCCCUCUAUCCCCUUUUAAAAUCCAUUGCUGUAGCCGCAGCAGAUGACUGUCUAACAUGAGUCUGGUUCUGCUUGAGGUUUCCUCUUAUUAAAGGGAGUUUUUCCUCUACUCUUCCUCUCUCCUUGCUAAAUGCUGCAAAGUGUUACACUCAUGUACUGACACUCACAGGACUCACAGGGCCCCCUGUGGACAACAUAAGUUCUAGUUCCGCCCCAGUGAAAUUUCUGCUGUGUUUUCAGACAGAAAACCUAUCAUGUUGCUUUUAAAAGUCAUAUGCAUCUCUCACUUUCAGUUUUGCCGUCCUAAAAGUUAAAAAAAGGUUCUUUCUGCAGCCUGCUGUCAGUCAUCUGGUCUGACACCUACCCCCUCUCAUCUGGUUUCAGGUAUCAGAAAUUACAACUGAGAAAUUUCCAGUUUGUUGCUGAUGGUCCUGUUUGCUUUUAAAGGUGAUAAAGAGGCUUCAGUCGCUGUUUCAGGCACAACUGAUUUAAACUCCAUACUGUGCCUUUAAAAAAAAACAAGAACCCCAAACUUGUUAAAAACACUAAAACAUGUUUGUGGAUCAUUGUAUGUAUGAAUGACAUGAAAUGGAUAUAAAACAUUUAGUCUUACUAAAAUUUUGUUUGCUUCUUUUGAGUUAAAGUCUACUUUGAAUGAUAUUUAACUAUCUGUAUAGUGUUUGGGGGGAAGAACUAUACUUUUUUAUCUAUACUGGUUAAAAAAACACAUAGGUUGAAAACUUUAACCUCACGUUUGACUGUAAACGAAAUCAAAAUGUAAGUAUUAUGUAUGCAGGCCUGUACAGCUUCUGUCCCCAGACUGACUACUCCUGCAUUUUAAAGCCGUCAUUUGCGUUUUUCAAAGGUCAUAUGUUUACUGUGUCUUUCUCUGUGUUUGACACUCUCUCCCUGCAGCUGGUUCACUAGGUUUUUUUUUGACUGAUCAUUCAAACAGGAGCACUAGUGUCACGUAAAGGUCAGGCCAAGAAAAACAUGCAGGCCCAAAAAUGCCUGCUUGUGUACAACAAACAUGCUACCUCCUGCUGCUGCUCUGAAUUUGCAUACAGCGGAGGAGACAAGGAGGAGCGCUUUCAGACAGCAGAAGGCAGCAUUUUUCAUGUCUUUACAUAAAUGCAGCUUCUUCACUGUAUUUAAGAAAUUGCAGCUGCAUAAAUGUUUCAGUUUUCAAGGAUGAUAAUCAAAAAGGUUUAAAACGAUGGUGUUUUUAAGAUAUCUUUAAUAGCAGGAGGUUUUGUGAAAAUAAAAAGAUUCGGCAUGUCUUCAUCGUCUUUUAUCAUAAUGGCCUAAUGUGGUGUGGCGCUCAUAAAUUUGAAUUUGUGUACAUGCAGAGCUGGAGGAGCAGACUCGUAAAGCUCUGGAGUUGGAGCAGGAGAGGAAGCGGGCGAAGGAGGAGGCAGAGCGGCUGGAGAAGGAGAGGCAGAUGGCUGAGGAGGCCAAGGCAACACUGGCUCAACAGGCGGCAGAUCAGAUGAAGAACCAGGAACAACUGGUACCGACAUUUAACUAACUUCAAGUUUACUCUGUAGUUUGGCGAUCCUGCUUCAGUAAAGGAAAAAGUUGGGGUCAUACAAUAUCAUUGGUUGUGUAUAUAUAUAACCAUUUAUCUUCCUUUCACUCCUUUAUAACCGUAUUUGUUCUAUUAUGUUAAGCUGUACACUCAACACAGCAGCAGUAGAUUUAGCACUGUUCUGUUGUUUUUGAUCAGGGUUUCUGAUGUUAAAUAACCAGUUUCUUAAAAUCAAAAAUCAUAAAGAAGUGAUGGUUUGUGAAGCAAAACUUCUACUUUCCAAACCAUAAGAAGUCACACAGUGGGUUUCUUUCAUGUUACAGUCCGUCCCUCUCAUAUUGCUGUAACCUGUAAAACCUUUUGAAGGUUUUUUGGGACGGACCACUGUGUUUUCACUUCAGUGACUUUACACUGGCUUUUGUUUUGUUUCAACAGGCUGCUGAGUUGGCAGAGUUUACAGCCAAAAUCGCUCUGCUGGAGGACGCCAAGAGGAAAAAAGAGGAGGAGGCAACAGAGUGGCAACACAAAGUAAUGUAUUCCCUUGGCACAAAUGUACAAAUGUGUGUGUUUGUCGUGUUCCAUCGUCUCAGAUUAUCCUCUACUUUUUUUUUAACAAUAAAGCUGAAACCUACUUUUUUGAGUUAAAAUGUUUCAGGCAGCAGAUUGGAUUUAAUUUGUGUCAUUUUACUUUUUGCCCCCUCUAUACAAGUACAUUAAUACCAGCUUUAAAGAAUAAAAGGAUUUUGAUCAGGAUAGCAAAGCCAUUUAAGACUUUUGAAUCAGUAUUUUCUAAAGUUAGUGAUGAAACGUGUGUCCACCUGUCCAUUUCUGUCCAACUCUCUAUGAAGAAAGAUGUUUUUUUUUACAGGCUCUGUCAGCACAAGAUGACCUGGAGAAAACCCGGGAGGAGCUGAAGUCGGCCAUGACGUCUCCACCGGCUCCAGAACACGACGAAGAGGAUGAAACGAACGCCGAGGCGAGCGCCGAGCUGCUUUGUGACGGUGUCAGCAGCCACCGCAGCGAAGAGGAACGCAUCACUGAGGCCCAGAAGAAUGAACGCGUCAAGAAACAGCUACAGGUAGGGCGGAAAACUAGAGACUGGAAACAAGACUGCAUGCAUCAGAUAUGUAUAAUGCAUCAAAUCUUUAGACGGACUGUUAUCUAGAGUUUAUCAGAUUGAAUUUGGGGUCAAAAAAUCCCAAACAUUGACUGUAGUGUUAGUCCAGGCAAGCCAUGAAAGUCAAGCUAUAAUUGUGCCACAAAAGUCAGAUCUGAUUUUUGUUUUUUAAUCCUCAUCACCUCUCUCUUUGUAUCUCCUUCUAGGCUCUGAGUUCAGAAUUGGCCGAGGCACGUGAUGAUACCAAGAAAACCCAGAACGAUAUGCUGCACGCUGAGAACGUCCGAGCAGGCAGGGACAAGUACAAAACCCUUCGCCAGAUCCGCCAGGGUAACACCAAGCAGCGUAUUGAUGAGUUUGAGUCCAUGUGAGCCGGGAGGAAGGGUGGACAAAAUGACGAAGAGAGACAGUUAGUCUUGAUGCCAUGUCAACGCCUCACUUUCCUCGUAAAGCCCAAAACCUGCUGCCACCCCAAGGAGCUCCUGCUCCUUUUUCUACCCAGGAGAAAGACCGGCUAACAGGCUUCGUAGCUUCAGCCUCGCCAAAGCUCUCCCUUGCAGCGGUUGGCCAAUCACACCGCUACCUGCUUUUUAGAGCUCCGCCCCCAAACCCAUUGAAAGAAAGCACACGUCUUUUAAUACGUCAGAAAAUAGCAAGCAGCUUAUCCUGUCGAACAUGGACCUCUCUCUUCUUCUGUACUGACAGUUUUUAUGCUUGCAUGUAAAAUAAUUCAGCAACAACAGGACUGUUAGACUUGACAAGAGACUGAACAGAAUUGGUUGAUUUUGUGCUUUUACUCAACAAAAUAAAAAGGGCCAUUUGUAGCUUGUUGAUGUUGCUGGCACGCUUGUCUGUAAAGCUUUAAUAUCUGUACCUUAUUUUACUUCUUUUGUCAUCAGUUGAUCAAUUUAAAUAACUUGUUUUAAAAAAGAAAACGCCUUACUCGUCUCAUUUACUUCCCAUCUACUAUUACUGGUUUUUACUUUCUGUUGGAAAAGUCACCCUCUCACUACUACUGACAUUGACUUUCAGCUGGUGAAGUUUCAACAGCGUACUUAUCUUAACUGACUUUGCAACAACUUCUAUUAAGAGUUGUGAGCAAACACAUUUGGAAAACUAAAUUUGCUUGUAUUACAUUCUUACUGUGCUGGUAAUCUCAGUCCUGAAAGGUGUUUGUUUAAAUCUGUAUUUUACCCCACAAUAAAGAAUGAAUUUAUAUUUCCUAAAGUGGGCCUAUA